AUGGGUGUAACGGAGAGAGGAACUCUCUUUCCAGAAGGUAGUGAAAGUUUUCCCAAAAGAUUAGGAAACUCAAUCACUCCUGUUGAAGUCUUAGGUCUAGCACGUUGCACCCUUGAGCCCUCUGAUCACUUGAAGAUUCCAGCCCUCCUCGGCGUGUAUGAUGCCCUGAUGCUGUCAUCCGAUAUCAGGACUGCGUUUGUCCAGGCGCUGCUGGAUCCUGACAAAUAUCAAAGCCACUUCGCUGAGGUGAACAUGAAGGAGGCCUUGUAUGCCCAGUAUUCGGCUGCUGUCACCUUCACUAACGACGACCUCAUGUUGAAAACAACUGAACACAAUCGUCCCAAGUGA